AUGUAUACAACAUUUUCAAGUCAUCCAUUUCCUUCACUAUCUCUUCCUUUGAUGUAUACAUCAAAGGAAGAGAUAGUGAAGGAAAUGGCUGACUUGAAAAUGACUAUCAACCAAAUGGCACACAAAAUUGAAAAGCUAGGUACCAAUGAAAAACCAAAUAAAACUCCACCGCAAACCAUAAAAAAGUCCAUUUCAACUCAAACUGAUCCUGCAGAAACCCAAGAGUCUUUAGUGUCUUCUCCUUCAAAGGUAAAUACUGUACCACCUACCAAAUACACUGUAAAAGAAAACUGGCAUUAUGUGGUUGUAUCAAAAAUUCCACCUCCUUAUACUGCUAAACAGAUUGCACACUAUGUCAAGGAGAAACUUGGUACCACCGAUUUUAUUCGGUGCUUCUCAUUGCUGAGGGAUACGGAUAGACCAGACUCUGACUUUAAGAUCGGUGUGCAAAAUCAAAGUUUCAUCAAGUUGCUGAAAGAUCCAAGUUUGUGGCCGCCUGGUACUGUAGUACACAACCUUAAUGACAAUCCUCCAGCGCAUGCCAAUUCAGCUUCAACAACCAUAAAAGUAGCGGCUCCAGCAUCCAGUACUCCUUACACGACACCAUCAACACGUACUAAGGAGGGCAUAUCCAUUCAGAUUGGUUCAGAUAGGGAUGCCAUUAUUGCAAGUUUACGUCAGAACGAGGUUCAAACGGAAUCACAAGGAUCUUUGAUAACACAAACACGAGAAAGUUCGUACAAGUGUGAAACAUGUUUGAAGGAAUUUACUGUUUUACGUUAUUCAAAGAGGCAUUUGCAAAUACACACUGGGAACAAACCUUAUAAGUGUGAAAUUUGUUUUAAACAAUUUGGUAAAGCAGAAGCUUUAAAAGGGCAUUUAAGAAUACACACUGGAGAAAAGUCUUACAAGUGUGAAAUUUGUUAUAAGCAAUUUAGACAAGAUGGACAUUUGAAAAGGCAUGUAAAAAUACACACCGACGAAAAGCCUUUAAGUGUGAAAUUUGUUUUAAGAAAUUUAGUGAAGCAGGAAAUUUGAAAAAGCAUUUAAGAAUACACACUGGAGAAAAGCCUCACAACUGCGAAAUCUGUUUUAAGCGAUUUAGUAAUACAUCAAGUUUAAAACAUCAUUUGAGAAUACACAGUGGAGAAAAGCCUUACAAGUGUGAAACAUGUUUUAAACGAUUUAGUGGAGCAAGUUCUUUAAAAAAAAACAUUUGAGAGUGCACACUGGAGAAAAACCUUACAAGUGCGAAAUCUGUUUAAAGCAAUUUACUGACGUAGCAAAUUUGAAAAGGCAUUUAAAGAUACAUAAAACUGAUGUGUUAGUAUUAUGCUAGAUAGUCGAUUUGUAGUUACAUAUCGAUAGCUUAGUGUGAAAACCUCGUAUCUCAUUUCACAAAAAAUUUUACAGGAGAGACUUUAAACUUAAUUUCUACAU